AUUGCACACCCGAUAGAGUGGAUGCAUAAAAUCUAUAUACAUACUCAUGUGCAUACACAUAUGUACUUUCGUUCAUUUGGAUGCAAACAUUCAUAUGCGUUUGUGAACAAAAAAGAAACGCCUUCUUAUUUUACUGUGAUUCCAUCAUUGUUUUAAUGCUGCAGUCCAAUUUAAUAUACAAUUAUAAGAUUUGUACACGGUAUAUGUGCCAAAACUUAUAAGAUCAUAUAAACACAUGCAUAUGUAUGUACAUUGUACAUACAUACCAACAUACAUGCCUUCGAAUGCUAAAUAAUUUGAGACACAUUCGCUUAUCUCAAUGCCACAGAGCCCAUCGCGUUGGACUGGUUGAUUGUUCUGGAACUGUAUGCGUGGCCAUAUUUCAUAAAUUUAUGUACAAAUGUAUAUAUGUACAUAUAUGUGUAUGGAAGAAUUAAAAAUGAUAUUUUUCAGAAUAUAGGAAGCGACACAGACCAAGAAAGUUGCUGACCUAUGAGGAACAAAGUAAAGGGAUAGAUAGCGAUUGAUAGUCGCAAAGCUAUGCGUCGAAUCAAACAAUAAUUUGCGUGAAUAUGACGACCGAAUCUGCGCUUCCACUCCCUCUACUACCAGUGCCGGAUAUUCGCGCUGAAGUAACAUUUCAACAUUCACACAAGCAGGGCCACGGACUACAGGAAUAUCGACUUCGUCCUCCAAAAUUGAGGUUGGCGAAUCGUAGCUAUAUGUCCGCGUCUAUGUCCACAACCGCGCAUGCGAUUUCAUUCCGUGGCGAAUCCGAUGGCAAUGGCAAUGCACUUCCUGAAUUGGACACCAAUGCGUUAAGCGGCUCUUAUGAUGCCUCAAUGAAUGAAACAUAUUUUGAACAAUGUUUCACUUGUUUGGCGAAAAUUGGCGAAGGUUCAUUUGGUGAAGUCUUCAAAGUGCGUUCAAACGAAGAUGGUCGCAUGUAUGCGGUGAAAAUGUCAAAGGAGUUAUAUCGUAGCGAACAUUACCGCCAGGAGCGGCUAGAGGAAGUGCGUCGUUAUGAGCAAUUCUCUGGUCAUGCUAAUUUUGUGCAAUUCUAUCGCGCGUGGGAACAAAACGAACGCUUGUUUAUGCAAAUGGAACUGUGUCGAGAAAGCUUAGACAGGUACCUAGUACGACAUCGACAUAUACCUGAAGAAAAAAUUUGGAAUAUUCUCUUGGAUUUGGCGCUUGCAUUAAAAAGCCUUCAUGACCGCAAUCUUAUACAUUUAGAUAUAAAGUUAGAUAACGUCCUAGUAGGCGAUGAUGACAGUUGUAAAUUGGCCGACUUCGGUUUGGUUAUUGAUGUAGAUAGAGCGAACCGUCAGCAAGCCACUGAAGGUGAUUCUCGUUACAUGGCGCCCGAAAUUUUGCAGGGCAAGUUUUCUAAAGCAGCGGAUAUUUUUAGUUUGGGUGUAGCUAUGCUUGAGUUAUCUUGUUACUUGGAGUUACCAUACAAUGGACCACUGUGGCAACAGCUACGUAGUGGAGUUUUACCACAGGAUUUUAUGAAAUCAAUAUCACCAGAACUGGAAACCCUUAUCAGGCAAAUGAUGUCACCGGAUCCUGACUACCGACCCACAGUCGAUGAUAUUUUAAGCAACAAAAAAUUAGUUAGCUUAAUGGAGCGUAGGAAUCGUUGGAAGUUGGUGAUAAUGAUGAAGCAAACGAUAAGGCGAUCACGCAGAGCUGCUUGGUCUAAGCUUUGUAAUUUGAAGCAAAUAAUUUUUAAUUUCGUCACAUCUGUUUUCGCUACUUAUAUACACCGUGAUUCUGUAGGCAAUGAACGCAAAAAAUUGGGAUAUCCUAUGCCACAACAAAUUAAAGAUAAACGCCCGCCGAAGAUCUCUAUGCGUUUAAUAGCAUCAACUCCUACUGGAGGAAACACACGAAAUACUCCCAUCGAAUUCUUGAGUGGAGAGAAUUGUGUUAAUUUAUCGCAACAAAGUACACCUAUAACAUUUGCGGCGACUAAUAAAAUAGUGAACUCAACACCUGUAAAUCACAAUAAUCACAGUUUCCGUUCACGAAAAGAUCUAACCAAGAUCAGUUUUCAAGCGGUAGAAAAUGACUGUGGUGGUAUUGAAAAUCUGAAUGAUGUACGAUCUUCGCCAACAAUAUUAAGUGGACCGAAUAGCUUUCUUAAUUUGGAGGAUUUAGAACAAAACUCGCUGGGGUUUGUGUCGUUAGAUAAAUCAAGCCUGCAAGAGUGCCGAAAGAAACUCUUUACUAAAAUCGAAGAUUGAUCAAAAUGUUAUUAGACUGCGCAACCAGAUACAUAAAAAUCCUCAUUGGUCGCAAUUGAAAAUUUAUGCCAAUUUAGCAGGCCUUUUGGCAUAUCAUUUCAUCCUAUAGAAGUGUAGCAUAUAAAAUAAAUAUAGAUUUUCAAGAUUAUUGCAUAUUGUAAUUAUAAUCGCAUACAUAUUCUACGAAAAUAUAAAAACGUAUGCUCUAUUACGUUAGUUGUAAGCUGAAUUAUGAAAAAAACCAUACAAGGAGGUUAUGAAUAAUUACUAUCUACUAUUGCUCAAAAAAUACUAAUUUGAAAUUUAUUCGAUAGCGUUGUAUUUGUGUUUUUUUUUUUAUCUUCCGAAUUUGAUUAUUCAUAUAAACGUUAAUGUGGUUAUAGCCUGGUAGGAUUGUAAUUAAGUUUUUGGCGAUACAUAUGUGAUAUGUUAAAAAAAUGCACUAUAUACACUCAUACUAACAUACAUUCAUACAUAUAUAUACAUUUUUUAUGUACGUAAUGCACAAUGCAUAUUUUGUUAAUUUUUAUAAAACGUGGAUAGUCGGAGAAAAAGAAAAUCUGUUAGUUUUUUUUUGC